CUGAAACUGAACUGAACCACUCAUGAAUCUCUCUAAUCUUACACUCCCCGUAACCCUAAUCCCCAAACUUCCAAUUCGUCAAUCAACCGCUCGAAUCACCAGCAGGAACUUAGCAAGCCCUCCUAGGCUUCUACUUACGCUCCGUCUUGAUGAGACGAAAAGGGUUUUCCGGGUUUUAGCCACAGUGGACGGAGAUGGUGAAAAAACCGGAAAUUGGGUUAACCGGUUACCAAUUCCAGGAUUGGGAGCUGAGAAUGUAUUCAGAUUGAUUUCGAGCGCGACGGGGAGUCCAAUCGGACAGUUCAUAUCGUCCCCUGUCACGUUCUUGCACUCGGUGGAUCCAAGAAUCAAACUGGUGUGGCUAUUAACUCUGGUGGUUCUUCCAGCAAGAGCAAGUAUCGUUGUGCGUGUGGGACUUGUUCUAUGCACAGCUCUUUUAUCAAUCUCUGUUCUCCCAAAGCAAGUUUGGAUGGAUCAAUUAGCGAGAGUUUCACUCCUUUCGGGUAUACUAUUCAUAACCUUGGGGCUAGGUUCAGACGGUGCACCCCCAAUGCUUCAAUCAAGAACCCCACCAUCUUCACUCACAGGCUUGCCUGAUCUUCCCAUGUCUUUGAGCGGUUAUUCCUACAUGUUGCUGAAGCUCGGACCUUUACAGUUCACAAGGAAAGGUUUAUCUGUUGGAAGCACAGCUGCAUGCUUAACCUUCAUCAUCUUCCAAAGUGCUAGCAUUUGCCUUGCAACCACAACGCCAGAGCAGCUUGCGCUAGCUCUGCGUUGGUUCUUGUUCCCGUUGACGUAUAUAGGUGUCCCUGUUGGUGAAAUCAUCCUCACGCUCCUGCUUUCACUGAGAUUCAUUAAUUUGGUUUUUGACGAGGUCCGAAGUGUUGCACUUGGAAUUGUAUCCAGAAGAGUAGACUGGAAGCAACUUACUGUUCUUGAGACACUUGAUAUUUUCGCUUCUUUCAUUCGCCGGAUAUUCAAGAAUAUAUUCCGCCAUGCCGAGCAAAUAUCACAGGCUAUGAUUGUUAGAGGGUUCAGAGGAGAGAGCAGUAGCCACAAGAUCUACUUCUUCUCAGGCUCAUCAAAUAAGUUUGCAGAUUUUGCAUCAGUUUUGUGUUUGAUCGGUGUAAUUUCAACCGCACUCUUGUCCGAAUAUUUCUUUGUCUAAAUAUUAUCACUGAUUGUUUCAGUUUAGUAUUUUUUUAAAAGAACAUUAAACGUCUAUAUUGAAACUUCCUUUAUUUCUUGAGAUAAAUCAACCAUUUCAAGGAAAGAUCGAGACUCAUGCAUGUGGAAAGUUUGUGUUUCUUUUACCUUGG